AUGAGUGAAGAUACUCAAUUAAUUAGAGCUUUACAAAGAGUAUUACCAGCUAAAAUUCUCAAAGAGAUUGAAGGUGAUUUAACACAAUUUGGUGAACGUGUUGUUAAGGAUAUUUUAGAAUUAGGUAGAGCUUCUGAAAAUAAUCCACCAAAAUUAAUUCAAUAUGAUGCAUGGGGAAAGAGAAUUGAUAAAAUUGUAGUUGAUGAAUCAUGGAAUAAAUUAAAAGAUAUUGGAUGCUCAGAAGGAUUAGUAUCAAUUGGAUAUGAAAGAAAAUAUCAAGAAUAUAGUAGAAUUUAUCAAUAUAUAAAGAUUUAUUUAUUUGCAUGUUCAUCAGCAGUAUUUGAUUGUCCAAUGUCAAUGACUGAUGGUGCAGCACGUUUAAUUGAAUUGUAUGGUGAUAAAGGAAUGAAGGAGGAUGAAUAUAAACAUGAAGGUCAAUGGAUGACAGAGAAAACUGGUGGAUCUGAUGUUUCAAAAUCUGAGACCAUUGCUGUUAGCAGUGGUAGUGGUGAUGUUAUGAAUGGCGAUAUGGAAUACGCAGAAUCUAAUUCACGUAGAUUCGCUUAUUUAAUGGCUCAAACUUAUAUGGCAUCGCUUUUAUUAGAACAUGCAGUUUGGUCAAAGGAUGAAUUGGAUGCUCAGGUCGCUGAAAGAUGGUGUUUUGUUAAACUUGAAAAUGGAAAAACUAAUAAAAACUCUACAAUUUCAUUCACUGAUGUUGAUGAAAAAUGGAGAGAAUUAGACAUUAAAUUAGCUUUGGAUUUAAAUGAACAUGGUCAACCAAAAUUAGGUACCUAUGAUAUUAAUUCAACAAAAUUAAGAUCAAAAUAUUAA